CUGUGAUUGUGUAUCUGGGACUAAACUGAGAUGAAUAUCAAAAUUUUAUGUUUCAUGAUUUUAUUUGUGUCUUUAACUAAGGCAGAUGAAGAUGCAGAACCUCUUUUAGAUAUGGACGAUAUGAUCGAAGUUUUUGAAACUUAUACUUCUAAUUGUGAACCAAAACCAAAAAAAGAACACAUAAAGGAAAUGUUGUUAAAGAAGAGAAAUCCUCAGCGGGAGACAAAAUGUUUGCGUUUGUGUUUAAUGAAACAAUUUGAGAUGAUAAAUGAAAGUGGAAUUGAAAUUGUGAUCGAGAAUGUUGUAGAAUUUUCACAUAAUCAUACGCAAAUUAAGGCAAAAGAAUUAAAGGAAAUCGCUGAAAUAUGUGCAGAAAACGUCAAAAAUCUUACUGAUAACUGUGAGUUUGCACAUCUUUACGAUCAGUGCUUAGUAGAGGAGCUUGAGAAACGAGGUUUGAAAUUUCCAGAAAUCAAAGAAUAAGUGUAAAUUUUUAAUACUACGAAAAGUCCAUAUUCAAAACAAACUAUAGCUUGA